AUGGAAAAUGCAGAAUUUUUAGGGUAUAAAUUCAAUACUGAUUUUCUGUAUUAUCUUUUUGUAGGACGACCAAGAACUACGAAGUCAAGUAUUGAUGAAAACAUGAAUAAAAGAAUAAAACUUUUAAAACAAAAUUGUCAGCGACUAAAGAACACUAAAGAUUCCAGUCCAAUAUUUUCACGUGGGAUACCAGUAGCUAAUACAAUGAGCACGCAUCAUAUAUGCAAAGUUCCAAAAUGUGGAUCAACUUUCUGGACUGAAGUUUUUCUGACAUUAAAUAACGUGACGCAUGUGGACAAUUUGGGGAACCUAACCAGAGAUAUGAUUCAUGUUGAGUUACAAGAAAAAAUAGUUUCAAGGAAUUUAAACGCAAGAUCGUCAGACACAUUGUUAAUUAUUUCACGAGAUCCAUGGAAAAGGGUAUAUUCUGCGUAUAUGGAUAAAAUAUAUCAACUUCAAACAGCGUAUAGAGACCAAAUUAAACAAAUGGUUGGUAAGCGCCGUGGAUAUUGCGGAGAAGUUCCAACUUUUGAACAAUUUUUAAAGUACAUUGUUGAUCAAUCUAAAUACAAUCUACUCGAUCCACAUUGGAGACCUAUAAGCUCACUUUGUAGAGUUUGUAGAUACUCAUAUAAAUAUAUAAUGAAAAUGGAAUCAUUUGAAGAAGAUUCAGCGUACGUCUUAAACAAAAUCUUACCUAAGAAUUCGGACAAAAAGAAAGCGUUAUUUUCAAAGCUAACCGAUAAACAAGAUUAUUUGAAAGGAUUAGUUAGAAUGUUUACAUCACGGUUUCUAGCAAUGAAGGACAACUGUCUUAGUUUCAUCGACACGAUGAAGAGACUUUGGUAUUUGUUACAAUCUCAAGGGUUACUAAGUGACCGAGUGAAUUUCUCCGCAAGCUUGUUUUUACAGUUGUCUGCAGUUAAUGAAAAAGAAAUAACUGAAUUGUUUGUUAUGAAAAGUAAAGAAAUGAUACUUUCAAACGCAGAAGAGCAGCAACAAAGAAACCGACAUUUUAGAGAAGCGUAUGCCUCAGUAGAUGUCAACGUUUUACUCAACAUACAAAAAGUGUAUGAACACGACUUUAGACUGUUUGGUUACAACAUGCACCUAACGUUGGAUUAAUGUCAAAGUUGUAGACUUUUGAGAAAUUAUUUUCCUUACUUUAUUUAUGUAUUUGAAAAUACAGGAAGAACCUUGAUCAUUCAAUGAUGAUUUCAAUUGAAUAAUUCAUAGGUAUCGAAUGUUUUUAUGUUUUUUUUGUGGUUUUUUAUGCCUCUGAUGUACAUGAAUUGAUCCAUGCCCGGACUAUUGUUACAGCUAUUAAAGGUAUCAUAUUGUUUUAAAAAUCUCCACAAGAACUUCCAUAAUGUAUUUUGUUAAAUAAAAGAGGCAGAUGGAAUAAGGGCUACAACUGGAACCACAAAUUGUGAAAAAAAACC